AUGCCCCGUUUGCAGCCUUUUUACUCUGAAUUCUUCUACAGUCCUCUGACAGAAGAUGUGGAGGAACUGCUGGCUCGUUUCCAGCAGGCUGACUCAGUCAGGUAUGAGGAGUUUUCAGCCAUCUGGAGGGAGAUGGCCCUCUCAGAUGUCUUUCUCGGUAUUACCCGUGCAGGUGAACUGAAGAGAUUCUGCAGAAUAACGUUGGCCACAGCCAUGAAGUACUUGUUGCCUCCGUACAGCUACCAGAUUCGUGUAGGAGGCUUGUAUUUGUUGUUUGGUUUUUACCACACACAACUCGCCGUUCCACCGGUGAAGAUUAGACUCCCUUUGCGGGACUGGUCCCAAGUUCAAAAGUUUCUCAAGGACUCUGUGGACUCUGGUCAUCAGGAUGUUGUUUACAUAUAUCAGAAGCUUGUCGCAACCAAAGCCAUACACUACACCGCCAUGCCACAUUUUCUCACCUUCCAGAAGCAGAGGAAGCCCAAGAAUGAACCUGUGUGUGCAGAGUUUCUUGGGAGGACCACAGCUGUCCAGGAGCUCGUCGCUUCAGACAUCCUGGAAGAGGUGGGCAACAUCCAGAGCCACUAUGAGAAGCUGAAGGAGGGCACCGUGGAGGUCAGCUCCCAGAUCACCAUGACCCAUCAAGACUUAGUCGCCCGCCUGAAAGCCUGCAUGUCAGAGUUCAUCAGCUGGCAGCAGAAGACCUUCUCACAGGACAACAAAAGCAAGAAGUCUGUUGACGAUGAGGAGAAGCCAGCUGAGGCCGAGUCCAGCAGCAGCAGGGCCCGGCUCCUGUCCUCCAUCAAGCAGAAGAGCUACAGAAGCUUCCAGCAGGCAUCCAAGUCCAGGAGGCACCGACAGGCCGACACAGUGGAAUCCUCCAGCUCAGGGGUGGAGCAGGUCCAGGAGGAAGCUCUGCAGCGGAAGAAGGCGCCCUCACUGCGGGCUCGGACCUGGAAGAAUCUCGGGAAGAAGCAGGAGGAGAGCACGCUCCAGGCCUGGCUCCUGAGUGCUCCCGAGCAGCAGGAAAGGGUGCCGGUGAAGAGGGCCAGCCAGGUAACACCUUUCAAACCAUGA